AUGGCGGAAAUAGUUGAUGGCAAGGACAGAAUAACAGAGUUGCCUGAACACAUAAUCCAUCAUGUCAUACGUCGGGUUAGCCAAUGCAACGUAAAAGAGGCAGCUCGAACCUGUGUCUUGUCCAAGACAUGGAAUCGUCUUUGGACUUUGCGGCCUGAUCUGAUGAUCGAUCAGUGCAGCCACAACAGUUUCAGGUCCCUGGAGAAAUUUGUCAAAUUCGUUGAUGAUUCCCUCGAGCCAUAUGUCAAGGAAAAAAUAAGCAUUGAAUCAUUCCACCUCUGUCAGCUUCUUCAUCCGGAAUUGGCUUCACAUUUAGAUCGGUGGAUCAACGUGGCAAUUGAACAUAAUGUCAGAAAACUAGAAAUUGACACGAGUUUUUAUCCGCUGUACUAUAACGUUCCUGAUACUAUAUAUACAGCUAAAAAGCUGAAUAAAUUGUGGCUAUGGAGGUGCAACUUUGAAAUUCAUAAUAGUGCCAGCAACAACAAAUUGCAAAGAUUAAUUAGUACAUGCCCCUUCAUCAAGGAUCUAAGAUUACAUCAUUGCAGGGGAAUACAUAAUUUGCAUGUUUUUGGCCUAGAAAAUCUAGAGAAUUUAGAGCUAUCGGGGUGUGAUGGACUCGAGAAACUGGAAGUCAAGGCUCCAAAUCUCCGAAAAUUUGUAUAUGUCGGGGUGCCAUUGUACAGGAACCAGAAGAAACGUGAGGUGGAAUUGCUUCCUUGCAAAAUUGAGAUUUUAGAUGGUUAUAAGACUCUAAAAACUCUGAAGUUGGAAGCUACCACUAUGACGGAUCAGCAGUUUGAACAUCAAUUCUCUAAGUUCUCAGCCCUCAAUGAAUUGGAACUAAGAAGAUGUUAUACAAUGAAAAAUAUAGUGAUUUCGAGUGAAAAACUAAGUAUAUUCAGCUUAUCACAUUGGAUGAAUCUGGAACAAGUCAAGAUGCUGGCUCCGAAUCUGAUGGAAUUCAAUUUUGUGGGUUACAAAAUGCCAUUCUCAACUAUGGAUCCUUCUAGCCUAGUAGAAGCUGAACUUAAUUUUUACCUGCAAAUUCCUCCAUCAAAAUCUUACUUUGGAGAUGUGGAUAAAAGUUGGUACGAUAAUCUUCAGGACUUUGUUCAGAAAUUCAACUAUGCUAAGGGUCUGAUAUUAAUUAUCCAUUGCGAGGAGGUACUACUAUUUUUUUUCCCUCUCUGUUUACUCUUUAGAUUGCCCAAUUUUUGUUUAAUUUGGUUUGUUUUCUUCAUGGAAUGGCAAAAUAAGAGCAUCCUCAUUUACGAAGAUGCACGAGAAAUCCUGGUUCCGCCAAGUCGACAACUCCGACUACUCAUCAUGAAACCUCCGGCACAUCUUGAAUCACUCGUAGAUGAUCUAAUGUCCUGCAGACCCAACAUAAUAUCCAUAGUGCCAUGUACUGACAGCAAAAUACUCCAGGCGUUGCACCAGAAUGUAACAGGAAAAAGAGACGAGCCAAAUGGUGGACCCAACCAAGUCAGAAUUCAUAAAGGCGCAACUGCGAAGGAAGGAACCUCGAAUUUGUAUACGUGGCUGAAAUCCACGUCCCUAAUUGAGAAAAUUACCACUUUUAUGUUCAAAUCGGAGGAAACCACUUUUAUGUUCAAAUUGGAGGAACAUGCGUUGUCCGAUUAG